UAAGCCCCGCCCCCUGACUCCUCCUUGCUGUGCUUGCCCUAGGUUAGGCUCUGUCUCCCUGUCCGCAUUGUAACCACACGUUAUCCUGCUCUCUGUACCCCCACAGCCAUCGCUCAACCGACAGCAUGGUCCGACACGUCGAGAGCCUGGAUGAAUUCAAGGCUUGUCUCGCAGAGGCUGGUGGAAAGCUCGUAGUUAUUGAUUUCACAGCAACCUGGUGUGGACCCUGCAAAAUGAUUGCCCCUUUCUUUGAAAAACUGAGCCAGCAAUAUCCAAAUGUUGUAUUUCUUAAAGUGGACGUGGAUGAUGCACAGGAUGUGGCUGCUCAUUGUGAUAUCAAAUGUAUGCCAACUUUCCAUUUCUACAAAAACAAUGAAAAGAUACACGAGUUUAGUGGAGCUAACCAGGCAAGCCUAGAGCAGAAGGUGAAAGAAUUGAGUUAAAUGGAAGAAAAUACGUUGGAAAUCUACUUCUGUGCUUUAUAUUUCUAAAUGCCAUAUCCAUAUUGUAAUUUGAAAUCCUUUUUAAAUGAAACGUGUAUUUAUCAAUACACUUUCAACAUAUCCUGAUCUAUAUAUUCUGCAGAACAAUUGUAGAAAACUACCAACCAUGUAACCUCUUCAUAUCAGUGUAUGUUAUCUUUAAAGAGCCUUAGUAUGCAUCAGCCUGUAUAUCUCUAGAAUGGAACUUUAUUAAAUUAAAAUGCAAUACA